AUGGUGGAGGCGACGAGGAGGUACUCGUCGCUCGAGUACCGCAGACUCGGACGGUGGACGCCAGCUCUGGCCCGUGUGACGGGACGAGACGGAAACGCCGAAACGUCCGGCGAGGCAGGCGGCGAGACGACCGGCGAUGCGGCUGGCAUGGCAGCCGAUGAGGUGGUCGACAAGGCGGCCGGCGAGGCAGCCGGCGUGGCAGCCGGCAACGCGGCCAGGAAGGAGGCGGCGGCCAAGCCCGCGGCACUCGAGGCGGGGGCGGGGAGUGAAGAGGGGGCGCCGGUCGAGGCGUCGGGGCCGGCCGAGGGGGCGGGGUCGGCCGAGGAGGCCGAAGAGGCGGGCACCAACGUGGGGGCGCGAGGCGCAACUCGUCCCACGGUGCGAGGACCGCCAAAGCUCGGAGGCGGUCCGAGAGCCGAGCGGGGCCGUCCACCUGACGGAGUCGCCGAAGGGCCGGUGGCGACGGGGCGACGAGGGGUACCUGCUGCUGAAAUGGAAACACCUUCUCAUCAAAGUAAACGUGUCGGGAGGUGA